AGAAUAAGUCGUUUGCGGCCUAUAGCUUGGAUAUCGCCAAAGGAACCAUCAGACACAGAGAGCGACACUGUUCUUUGUUCCACUGCUUCCUAUUAUUACGGGCGGCUAGACUGAACAGCCGUGGAACCAUAUCCCACAUCUUUGGUUGUUCCGGAUUCACCAUGGCUAGUCGUGGAGAUCGCUUUGAGAGAGAUCGCCUCUUUGGCGACAGGGUUCAAGAGAGAGAUCGAUUUGUCGAGGAGGACCGACUUUUUAUGAGUGGCGGACGUGGCGCCCGAGAGCAGUCCGCCGACCGAUUUGACCGGCUAUACGGAAGGACAUCCUACGAAGACGAUCUUGUCCGUGACCGCCGAUUCUACGAAGAUGAUACCCGCUUCGAACGCCGGCCCGAGCCUCGCGGAGAGCCCCUUGACCGCCGGGUCGUAGUGGAAAAAGAGCGCGAUCGCGAAUACUACCGUGACUCUUCCCCGCGACGCCCGGGUAUGAUGCGCCGCCAAUCAUCUCUCGACACCUAUGACCGCCGCCCGCUCCCCAAGUUCUUUGACCAGCGAGAAGAGUUUCCGCCACCGGCCCGGCGCGAGGACAUUCGCCGAGAGGAGUACCGCGAGGAGUACCGCGCCCCGUCAUACACACCCAUUCCGCUGCCCAAGGCCCGGGGCUUGCCGGCUCGGCAAUAUGAUGAGCGCUUUUACGAGGACAUCCGCGUUGAGCAUGAUCACAUCGAAGGAGGUAUCCCGCGCGAGCGUAUUGUUGAGAGAGAGAUUAUCCGUGAGAAGGAAAAGGGAAAAGAAAAGCGAAGCACGAGCCGAGAAUCUCGUUCCACCAAGAAAAGCCACCGAGGCCGAUCACGAGCGUCCAAGUCUUCGACUCGAUCUUCUAGCAGCAGCAGCAGCAGUAGCAGCAGCAGUGGUGGUGGCACCACACUCAAGAGCGUUAAGAGCGAGUACCCGAAGAAGGGCAAGACGAGAAUUCCCGCCAGGCUGGUGUCUAAGCGGGCUUUGAUAGAUAUUGGCUAUCCCUUCAUCGAAGAGGGCAAUGUCGUUGUCGUUCAAAAGGCCCUGGGACAGGCCAAUAUUGAUCAUUUACUCAAACUCAGUGAAGAGUACAAGAGCAGCGAACUUGAAAUUUCUGCGGCUCGGUCCUCAGCCGGUGAAAUCAUUCGGGAGCGCAGAGAAGAGCUCAUCAUCGAAACGCCAGCUCAUCACCAUCAUCCUCUUCCUCUUCCUCUUCCUCCUCAACAGACCAUCGUUAUUCCCGCUCCCGCUCCUCCGCCUCCCGUCAUCAUCGAUGCUACUCCCCGCGAUGUCGAGCUCAUCGAUAAGACGGUGUACAGCGAAAUGUCACCAUCGGUGAGCAGCAGGAGCCGCUCUCGCGCCCGCUCCCACUCCCAUCAUCACCAUCACCACAGCAGCAGCAGCGAGUACCAGCUGGUGGAGCGCCAUCGAUCUCGAUCACGAAGCGGCAAAGACAUCCGUGCCGAGAUUCGAGCCCUUGAAAAGGAGCUGGCACACGGCCGAAGGCGCGAAGUCGGCGAGAAGGAGCUCGUCCGGACCGAGAGGCUUCCCAACGGCGAACUCAUCGUAUACGAGGAGCAGGUGGAGAGGUUUGCGUCCCACAAGCCGGCGCGUAUCGAGAAGGACAAGAAAGGACCCUCUCCUGGGAUUAUGCGUGCCAUGCUUGCGACCCUGACUUGAGCGUUGCAAGGAUUGUUGUGAGACAACGAAGUCAUGAAUUAAUGAAUGAACGGAUGAAAGAUAUUUGUUUGGACAUGUUGUUGUAGAAUGCUUCACUGUUUGAGGUCAAAGGGUUGAAUUGGCUACAGCUGGUUGAUGCUGUUUUACUAUGUGGCUUACGGAUCUGGGUAUUUGGCAUGAAGGCUUAUAUAUAUUGGACAUAUUAAAGAGUUUGAUGAAACGGAAUACUAUUUAUUUGUUUU